GACAACACGCAGACAUGGCGUCCGCGACAGGCGGCAUGAAACCUGCGGAACUUUCCAAGGCCGAGUAUCUAAAACGUUACCUAUCCGCCGGUGAAGAUGGCAAGAAAUCAAAAGAAAAGAGUAAAAAGAAGCGUCGCAAGGUUACCGGGAGAGGACUUAAAAUAGUGGACGAUGACAUAGACUGGAGACACAUGGCCAAAGAGCCGACGGAGGUGGAGGAGGAAGAAGACGAGGCUCCAGUGGUCGCUGAAUUCAUCGAUGAUCGGCCAGAGGAGGUGAAGCAGAUGGAAGUGUUCAGGACCGGCAACCGAUGGAGGGCAAUUGGAGAAGACGAGGAGGACGAGGAUGACGAGGAGGAUGACAUAGAAGAGGAGCAAACGGAGCUUGUGGCACCGAGCGGAUCUCGCCAUGACUCACCAGAGCCGUCGUCGAAAGGAGAAAAAGACAAGUCUGUUAAAAAAACACAACAGGAUUCACCAGAUGUUUCUCCACCUCGGAGGGGUCGCCAUGACUCCCCAGAUGUUUCUCCACCUCGGAGGGGUCGCCAUGACUCCCCAGAUGUGUCUCCUCCCAGAAGACAUCGCCACGACUCUCCAGAUUUAACUUUCCAAAAGAGGGGCCAUCACGACUCUUCAGAUCUGUCUCCUCCCAGACAACAUUCGGGAAAGCCAAGCAAGAGGCACAGUAAGGAUGCAUUACCCACCAGGCGAAAGCCAGAUUCCACGUUGCAGAGUAAAAAAAGUUCACCUGAUCUUCGCCGGUCACCUCCGGCUAAAAAGUCUCAGAACAGACACGAUUCGGACUCUGAUCAGUCGCCCCCAAGAAAAAAGCCACUCAAGCCCGACGCUUCAGACUCCGACCAAUCUCCACCAAGGAGACGCUCAAAAACAGGAAGAGGCUCUGAUUCGGACCUGUCACCAGUGAGGAGGCGACCGCGGACCCAGAAGGAUUCGGAUGGAGAUUUGUCACCACCUCGCAGACCGGGCCAGGCUCAGGGUGAAAGGAUGCUUUCUGGUGGAGCGUCUGGUCUGGUUUCUGUUGAUGUUUUGAAGAAGGAGCAAGAAGAAAACCGACGAAGGGAAAGAAAUAAUAAACCACUAGAGGAUGAAUCUCGCAAUGCCCAGACGAUCUUCCGAGACAAGAGUGGCAAAAGGAGGGACUUGGAGUCGGAGAGAGAGGAACAGAAGCAGAAAGCUGGAGAAAAAGCAGCAAAGGACCAGAAAUAUGCUCAGUGGGGAAAAGGGUUGGCCCAGGGCCAGAUGCAGCAGCAGAGACUCGAGGAUGCGGUGCAUGAAGCCCAGAAGCCGCUGGCACGUCACCGCGACGACGAGGAUCUUGACCGCAUGCUGAGGGAACAAGAGAGGGACGGCGAUCCGAUGGCUGCGAUGCUCAGGCGGAAAAAGAGCCGCACAUCAAAAACAGAGAAACCACGGUAUAAAGGCCCAAUGCCACCUCCCAACCGGUUCAACCUCAUGCCGGGUCACCGCUGGGACGGAUGUGACAGGUCAAAUGGAUUUGAACAGAAACGCUACACAAGACUGGCUGAUAAAAAAGCGUUACAGGAAGAAGCGUAUAAGUGGAGCGUUGAGGACAUGUAACACAACCGAGCAAACUAAUCACCACCUAUUGAUAUUUCCUUGCUGUUGAAACAACUGCUUAGAUAUUCCGUCUUUAAAAGAGACAUGAAGUUUUGUUUUUAAAUCUUCCUGAAGCAGUUUUUUUACUGUACAAUAGACAUCACGUGAACCUGUAAAUAGAAGUGAAGAAACAAACGUAAUGGUUUUGUCAUGAGUUAAUUUGGAGCUGCAACAGAUGUCGGUUUCACUGUUUUAUUAAAUAAUAUUUCUAUAAAAUGUUUAUUCUCAUGGUG